AUGGAGGGUAAAAUGGGAAUUUUGGAGGGACUUUACAAAUUCGCGAUAAAUAAAUCAGCUGCUCGGUGCCUGUUGUUGAAGAAGAGCCUCUUCACGGCAAUUUCUCUCCCGUCCGACUGUCCCGAACCCGCCCUGCCCGAGCUUGUUUGCUGGGUCGAAAGAACCGGCCCGGCAGGCCCGUUCCCCUAUUGUCCUCCAGCAAUUGGCAAGAACGUAAACCGACACAUUCCUAACCCCGGGCACUCCCACACGGGCCCGCGCGAACCCGUUAUUACCCGGCGCAGCCGAACCCGCUUGCUCCACGGCCUGACGGGCCGAGUCCCUGAAACCCGGGCCCAUUCGGGUUACGUUCCCGCAAACGGCCCGGUCUCCGGGCCCAGCCCACUCCUCGAAAAAAGUGUAGUUUUCGGAUCUCAUGUAGCAGCCGUCGAGGUAAACGCGGCCACCGUUGCCAGGGUAGCAUUGGGGGAGGAGCGUACGGGCCGCGGCGUAGCAGAGGACGCAUUCGUAUUGGGCCCGGAGCCCACGGAGGCUGUGCCGAAGCCCGAGACCCGGAUUUGGGAGCUUAUGUUCUCCAUAGCGGCCACGAAAUUGGGGACGAAGGCGGUCCGGUUGUCCUCCGGCUGGGUUCCGCACGUGAACAGGACGGUUUGGGUUCUCGGGUCGGCCCGUAUCCGGUUGGUUAGUAGGAAAACGGGUAGGAUCGCGAUCAGGGCAAGUGGGCCGGGCCCAAGACAUGCUUUCUUGAUCAUCUUAUCAGCAGGGAAGAUUAAUUGA